CUCCGCACGGCUCGUCACGAGCGCCAGCCAUUGAUUCGAAACGGCGUGUAGGCGGUACGCAAGCUAUAUAUCCAGCGCUGUGGCUGCUGGCGUCGUUGCGCCAGGUCUCGCCCUAGCAAACGAGCUCCUGUAGCGCGCCUACUCGACGCCCCGCGAGAUCUCUGCCGCGUGCGAGCGUGCGAACGGUCAAGACACGCCAGAGCAUCACUGAAGAGCCGCACAGAUGCGCCGCACGCUCGUCGGCCCGUCGUCGACCGCGCGACCGGCGCCGGCCGCCGCGCCGCGGCCGGUGGUGCAGAAGGGCGGCCUCGCCGUGAGCUGGCGCGCGGACGUCGGCGGCGUCGCCUGCGUCGCGCAGUCGAGCGCCUGCCUCGCCGUGGCGACGGACGACGGCGCCGUCGUUUUUGUGGAUACUGCCGGCGAGAUCACCGCGCGGUCGCCGCAAAUUGCCGACGAGGGCCCGAACGCGAUGGCCUUCUCGCAUGAUGGGGCCUGGGUCGUGGCGGCCUUCGACGACGGCCGCGCGCGCGUCGUGCGGACGGAUGGGACGCUGGCCGUCGUGCACGCGGUGGCGCCGGAGGCGGUCGCGGGCAAGCGCGCGCGCCAGGUCGCGGCGACAAGCUGCACUACGCUCGACGACGACUUCGUGGCCAGCGCGGGGAAGCUCGUCCACUGCUGCUCGUUGACCGGCGAUUUGAUCCAUGCCGUAACCUUCGAGGCGCCGGUGCGCGCGCUCUGCGACGCGUCCGCGGGUCUGUUCCGAGGCUACGCGGUCGCGCACGGCUGCGUCUGCGUGCUGGUGCAGCGCGACGGCGAGGUCAACUGGCGCUACGCUUCCCAGAGGCCGCUGCGGUCGCUCCUGGCCCGAGGGGACUUUGUGGCGGCGGGCACCUUCGACGGGGCGGUCCAGGUCUGGGGCGGCGAGGAUCUCGCGGCGUCGCUCCAGUCGUUUUGCCAGAGCGACGGCGAAGCGCUGGCCUGGAGCGCGGACGGUGCAUUUCUUGCGGUGACGGGCGCACGCGCAGCAUGCUUCGACUUCUCGGGCGACCGGCCACCGCACCCCUAUCGACGGGACCGGGGCGACGGGCCGGACUACAUCCCUAGGGUGUUGGGCUUCCAGGACGGGUCGCGCGAGCGGUGCGUCGCGUGGGCGCCGGGCGGCGCGAUCCUGGCCACCGCCGAUUCAACGGGUGUGGUGCGGCUCUGGAACCUGCGGGGCCGGCUGAAGAAGGGCGGCCAGGGCCACCCGCAGCGGCCGGAAGAUAUGAAACCGCAGUUCUUCCUGUUCCCGCAACUCGACGCGGCGCACCCGUCCGGGGCCUCGGAAAGACCGGCCUUUUUGGGAUGGCUUGGCCCCGACGUGGUCGCCGCCGUCUACGAGUGCGGCGACGUCGUCGCCUUCCGCGUGGCGCCGCCGCCUGCCGUCGCGGCGGCGCCGCCGCCACCACUGAUCUUCGAUAAAGCCACCGACCCAAAAAAUGUGAUGUAAGAC